AGUCCUAGUACUAUUUGUAAAAACAACUAAAAACAGGUUUGCAGCGACUGGCCGGCAGCAGGGUGUGCAGCAAGAACUUAACCAGUAAUGUAUGACUUGAAUAUUUAUUGAGAUACCAGAUAAAUUACAAGCUGAAUAUGAAGUGGUUCUGAAAAUAUAAGCUGUUAUAUUUAUGUACCAUUUCUGCCAGUAGAUGCCUCUAAAUCCUACACACUGCACCUUUAAUGGGUUGGCAUAAAAAAAGACAACCACUGUGGCUUUCUUCAAUGUACUGCUGUACAGGUUAUGUUCUCCCUAAACCUGGUUACCCACAAAUAAACAACACCUACAAACAUAAAGUGCAACUGUAUUGUAAAGUGUAUAGUCCGCAGCAACAGAACAAUAUCACAGUCACACUUUAUCUGCAUCUGCAUGUGUACUUAAUACCAGUAUUUAUACACUGAUCACAGUUUGCACCUAAAGCCAAGAGUACCCUUCAUGCCGCCUCCUGUUGAUGCCACUGUACAAAAUUAUGUUAAAAAACACCCUGUGCGUUUUUUGUUGUAUGAGGCUGUUAACUGCCUCUGUAAUAAAUCAGCAGUGAGAGUCUAAUGUCAUCCCAGGAAAACAUCACCGGCCAGUUCUUGUGUAUCUUAGUUAAUGAAUGAUUGCACCCAACUGCAUCUAAUAUCAAAGACCGCAGAGGUUGAGAUCUCUUGUAUAUGGAAACAUUUACAACCUUAACAUGUUUCUGCACGGAGAGUGGUGAGAUCUUCACUUGCCACUGUGAGUAACUUUGACCUGACAUGAAAUCAAAAUAAUGCCUUAAAGCAGCUCUUUGUCAGCGCCAUGGUUAUGGUAAUGUAUCCCUCUGUAAAGUUAACUUUUAAUCAGGUUCAUAGUGCUUCUCUGUGUUCAUGUUCAUUUGAGCUGCAGGUUGGAUCUUCUGCUCCUCCACAAGGACCAGUUUCACAAGUUGUCUGGGUUCCUCUGGUCAUGCAGGUGUUGAUCCGCCCGUACCGUCCCUCAGACAAGGACGCCGUGCUUACCCUGUUCAGCAACGGCAUCCUAGAGCACAUUCGUCCAUGUUUUUACAACGCCAUGACCAGCCCUCUCUACAUCGCCAUCACCCUGGCUCUCUGUGUCCCUGGCUACCUGCUCGACUCUAUGUUAGGGGCUGUGGUGUUACCAGGAGCAUGGGUGGGCCUCAUAUACUACUGCUGCCAUGAGCUAUAUGCUGGCUACGUCAGGGAGAAACUCCAGACAGACAUGCAGGACAUCCCUGGGAACUAUAUGAGCAGACCAGAUGACUGUUUCUGGGUGGCGGAGGCUGAGGUUGAUGGGAGGGCCCAGAUCAUGGGUACGGUGGCUGUGGUGGCCAAACAAAGUGGGAAAGAAAGACAUGGGGAACUGUUCAGAAUGAUCACCUCAUCAUCGUACAGACGGUUGGGCCUGGGCUCGAAGUUGACUCAGACUGUCGUUGACUUCUGUAAGGAACGAGGCUUCUCCAAGGUGGUGCUGGAGACCAGCUCCACUCAGACAGCUGGUGUGGCCCUGUACAAGAAACUGGGGUUCAGACACUUCCGCUCACACACUAAAACCCAUUCUGCUCAUUGGAAGGUAAAGCUGACCGGGGUGACGAUUUUAUUGAUGGAAAAACACUUGUAGACCUAAAAUACCUCUGUAGCAUUAAUAACUGGUCCGUCUGUGAGCUUUAUCUCAUAAACGCAGUCAGUGUUUUAGCUGUGAACAAAAAGAAAACACUAAGUCUCAGGUAGAGCAAAGAUUAGGAGCUUUUUCCUUUUCCUGUAAGACCAACUUUUAUUAAUGUUUUAAACACGAUGAAUGAACCGUUGAUUGCACAAUUUUUUAUGAAAUCUAGUUUCCACUAUUUUUGUACACAAUGAUCAAUCAUGUGAUUGUUUUUCACACAAAACCAUGUAAGAAA